AACUUGCGCCGAACAAUAUUUUUAUUUAAUUCACAAGUGGCUUUGGUAUAGAACUCGCGUGAACUAAGGCUGCAGCAGUGUUUUUAAAACGUAAAUAAAAUGUGGAAAAAUAUGGUCUUGUAUUUUUAUGUAGCUGCAGUUUUAGUUGCAGGCGAGUGGCAGCCCCAAGAUUAUGUCCAAAGUCAGUCACUAUAUCCGGUCACUCCUCCCACACGGCCAUUGGACCAGAGGCCGGUCUCAUCAUCGCUUUUUACUGAGCAACUCGCAAACAUGCCACGUGCAAGACCUUGUCGACGCCGGAAUUUCGGAGAACCAGUUGUUUUUACUGAUUCAGGUUGGGUACCUGUACCGUUUGCUCAGCCACCGAUGGCUCAGCAAAUUGGGAACCAAUUGCUUCAACCUCAACUUAAACCCCAAUCAUUGACGGAAAAUAGCUCUCCAACUGUAGAUGACAAAAAGCAUGAAUCAGAUCAGAUGGAUCGAAAAUCUGAACAUCCUGACAAAAUCGUUGAAUUUAUUGAAAAAAAGUCGGUUCUCAAUCAAAUGUCAGCAAGUGAAAACAAGAAAGCUACUCCGGAUCAAAAACCGAAUAAUAAUUUCUUGGAUUCCGCGAAAGAUGAAUAUGACCCUAGACCUGCUAUGAUAGACUCACAUGAAGAUUCUUUGGAAUGUGGAAGAAAGGAUGAGGCAGACGCAGAACCACGAUACGGUAAUUCUGAAACGCAAGAUUUAGCCAGUAAAAGUUCACCUAAUGAAGCCCAUGAUCAAGCAGUAAAGCUUCUUGCUAAUUGUAUUCACGAAUCCAGACGUUCUAUGCCAGAUUAUGAAAUGGAUUCAAGAAAAUUAGAAGCUGAUAGUCCGUCAUCUGUAGAGCUUGAUAAAACCGGUGCUGACAUUACAUCAAAAACGGAACCAUUAAGAAAUACACAAACAAACGUAUUAAAACCAAUAUUAACACCGAACACAGUAGUAACACCAAGUAAGAAUGCAAUAGAUAUGAAUAAAGUAAAAUAUUACCUUAAAAAUCCUGCAAAGAAUGCUGGUAAAUGGAACGAUGAUAGACAAGUAUCCUUGAUGGAAAAUGGUAAAGCUUGCUACGCAUGCAGCACAUAUCACGACCCCUCCUGUUGGAAAACAAAUGCAACUACAACAAUCAAAUAUUGCAACAGGGAUAAUAAUGCGUGUCUUACAAAAAUGUACAAAAUAGAAGGGAAAUCGAUCCUGAUCCGCGAUUGCGGCCACACUUGCAAUGAAGACGAAGGAUAUAAUAUUGGGCAGAAAAUGGUCUCGUGCAGCAUGUGCCACAACGACAUGUGCAACAGUGCCUAUGCCAUACAUAGCCUUAAUGUGCUUCUAGUAGGCUUUGUCAUAGUUACUGUCACAUUUACUUUACAGUAAAUAAUCAGGGCGUUUAUAUGAAAAAUACCCAACUCCACAAUGUGAUUUAUAAUAAAUACCUGCUCACUUACCUAUACAACUGGACUCGCCAUGAUGCCUAUUUUUAGAUCGAUUCAGUUAUCUCUCGUUGAGUUUUGAGUACCUAGUCACAAUAAGUAUAACUUGAAAAACUGUCAAAGAUUUUUAAAACAAUUUCAAAAAGUCAUAGCAAAAUGUAUAUAAUUAAAGUAAUCAUAUUCAGGCCCUGUUACCCAAUUUAACCACAAUCUGCUACGUCUCACCGAGCUAUAUUUUUUUACAAAGGAAAUGCUUUUUUUUCUUAUUUUUUUUUUUCUUAAUUUACUCAGCGUUUUUAUUUUACCACUGACAGUAUCUAUCUUAUUAGGUACAUCUCGAUAUUUUUUGUCACAAAUAAAAUUCUUCUGCCACGAA